UAAUGUUACGGGAAUAUACAAUAUUGAAAUCCCCAGACUAAAAGAUAAUGAAAAGUUAAUAAAAGAUUUAUUCUUUAGGAACCUUGAAUGUGAUCGUAGUGAAGAAAAUGAUCAAGAUGAUAAAGAUAAGAAAU